UUUAUUAACUGUAGCGGGAUUGCCUGGUGUUCUUGUUAGAAGUUUUUGUUAAGUGUAUGCAAUUAGUAAAUACAACUUUUGUUUGAAAAAACUGAUAAAUACAAAACGAAGAAUUUGCUCUUAUGGUGCAGUGUAUUUAAACUUUAAUAAGUAUUAUAUAAAUAUAAUUAAAUGGAUCAAACAUUUAAUAAGGAAGCGCCAAACUCAAAUGUAAUUUUAUCGCCGAAUUACAGUCGCGGAGUUUUGAAGGAAAUUAAUUCCAAUGACGAUAAGCUCAGUCAAAUAAGCAAUAAAGCAGCAACAAUGGCAGAGACAAAGUUAUCUGUUCCGUCUUCUCAGCCUCAGAUAAAAGUCACUGGACCUACGCCUAAUGCAUCGCCUUCACCAACUGCCGGUUCAGCUGGUUAUGAAGCUAAUUCACUAUUUUCUCCGCCAACUGGACAAAAAAUAAGUGAUUCACCAACGUCAUCCACUAGACCUAUUGGUGGAACCAACAAAUCGUCACACAAAUUCAUUGGUUUGACUGAAUUCGAUGAAUCUGAAAUACCGGAAUUGCCAGACUGUCUUAAUCCAAAUAUUGAAGAACAUUUAAAAACAACAUUUGAAGACGGUUUCAUACCCACUUUAACAGUACUAAACACAACUGAAAACGUUGAUAUUAAAAACAGUUUUCCAUUAAAAGAAAAUCUACUAAAGGAUGAAAUAAAUUCAUCUGAUAGUGAAGCAUACAAUGAAUGCGAAGCCAUAGAGGCGGAAUUUCAAAAGUUAAAAAAAUUGGCUGCUGCCGAACUUUUAGGUGAUGAAUUCACUAAAAAUACACUGGAUGAAAUCGAAAGCGCAUUUAAUAGGUCAGCAUAUGAACCACACGCAAAAGAAUCCUGGCAACUAAAUGUGACAAAUAAUUUAGAAGUAAAUCCGAGCGAACCUAUGGAUAUUGAUUUAAACUUCACCAAUACUGAUAUAUCGGUUAAUAAUUAUUUUGAUGUGGAGCAGGAGAAUUUAGAAAAAUCGUUGAACAAAAGUAUUGAAAUGCCACGGAAAUUAAACAGCAGUUUAACACAGGAAAGUGUACCAGAAUUUUCCGGUGCCAGUUCAAGUGGCAUAGUAGCUCAACCAGUUAUAAGACCAACUUUAAACUUAACUUUAGAUAUGUCAUCAUCAUUUUGUAGUGCAAGAAGUUCUGCACCGUCUUCGCCCGCUUUUCCGAUUUCCAAUAUCAAUGAUAUCAAUGAACCUUACCGUUUUCCACAGUCACCCACAUCUGCAAAUAAGGGAAUAAUAUAUUUAGAAAAAUCGGACUAUGCAAAAAAAUUAAAUGAUUCAAAUAAAUUUAUUUCUGAUUUUAGAUCUAAUAGUCCACAGUUAAAUCUAGUGAAUGAAAACAAUGGUUUGAAUACUUUGGAUUCACCUUUAGGUCUUAAUAGUAAUGAUGUUGCAUUAAACAGUAUAUUUAAUAAUAAUCAAACAUUACCUAUUACAACUGCAAAAAGAACAUUCACUGUCAGCUCAUUAGAUACGAAUGAGUCUGUUUCAGAUUCACAUGAAAAUGACAUUACACCACAGACUGAUCUAACAACAAUUAUAGACAAGUCUGUUAAAAAUAAUUUCGUAAAUGCUAAUGACAGCACUGAAGAAAGUAAUACUAUGGAAGACAUGGAUGUUGAUGUUAGCAUGAAGUCUUUGCACGAAAAUUCGGCUUUGUUAUAUCUAACGCCAAAAGAAAAAUUAAAUUUGAAAACAGGCGAAUCUGAGAAAGCAUCUACACCACUAACAGGUGAGCACAAUAACCUAUUCGCCACAAACGGUCUUGAAAGAGAAUGUUCGAAAACACCACUAACACCAAUUCCUCAAAGUCAACCAAAUAUCGGUGAACCGGAUUACAAUUCUCCAUUUUAUCAGCUCUUUUCACCUGUAGUUACUAUGGAAAAGCGUCAAAAGGAAGAGGAAUUAAUAGGAAAUAUUCAACCUAAAUGUUUAAAUAUACCAAAUGUAAUAACAAUGGCUGAACGUCAAAAAAUGGAUGAAGAUGUAUUAUCAGAAAAUCAGCUCUCUUCAUCAAAGCGUAGCGCUUCACCCCCCAUAACAACUAUUAAAACAAAUUUGCAGGAAGAUGAUUUAAAAAUGUUCUCAGAAUGUUCUUCACCUACUUCAAAAUCGCCACCAAUACCUACAUUGCAAAAACAAUACAAACCUAAUAAUAUUGAUAUUGUAAGCGAAGAUAAACAAUCUAAGACUGAAUAUAUUGCAGAUUUGGUAAAUGCAAUAGAAAUUAAUGUUGUCUCUUCAUCAGAGCUUAGAGCUUCACCCCCCAUACCAACUAUUACAACCAAAUUACAGGAAGAUUUAAAAAUGUUCUCUGAAUAUUCUUUACCUUGUUCAACAUCGCCACCAAUCCCUACAUUGCAAAAACAAUACAAACCUAAUAAUAUUGAUAAUAUAAACGAAGAUAAACAAUCUAAAACUGAAUAUGUUGAAGAUUUAGCAGAUCUUUCGCCACUAUGUUUGGUUUCACCUCCAAUACCGACUUUAAAUAAAGCUCCCGCAGGUCUUAGCGAAGAGGACAACACUAAGUCCUUUUCACCAUCUAUGCAUAGUAAAAACAAAAGAGCAACUACUCAUAGUUCAGUUGGUUCAGUGGAUUCUUCUUAUGGAGAAGUUUUAUCUGCUAAAGAGCAAACCAAAUGUAAUGCACGUGAUGAGAAAGAUGUUGAAAACAUUAGCACAUCUCAAAUUAAUGAUUUGUUUGUAAAGAAAACUCUUAACAAAUCUCAGUCAAUCUAUGAUGAUGAAUUCAAGAGUGGCAAUACUGAUGCAAAUGGUAAGUAA